AUGGCGCAUCGCGGACCAUGCCGUGUCCGUCUCCGUCCCGGCCGCUUGCCGCACCUCCCAAGCGACCUCCACCAGGAGAUCCUACUGCGCCUCCCACCGGAUCAGCCGAAGCUUCUCUUCCGCUGCGCUGCGGUCUCCAAGGCCUGGCGGAACGUCAUCACCAAAGCCGGCUUGCCACGCCAGUACCGCGAGCACCACCGCGUGCCCCCCCAUGAUCGGGCGCGUCUACAACUACAAGGCCGGACCUGCGGCUGGCUACGUGGCCACGAUCCCCAAUUUGCCCACUCUGCUCGCCCACGCCUGCCGGACGAUGGGCACAAUCUCGUCACGCUGGAUAGCCGCCAUGGGCGCGUGCUAUUUCGGAGAGUGCGCCAGCGCCGGAUGCUUGUGCUUUGGGAUCCACUCGCUGCCCACUAUGAGGAUGUCCUCCUACAAGCGGAGUUCCCGAAUGCCAACAUCAAUUGGAGCGUCGGCAUCCUCUGCGCCGCCGUGCAGCCCUGCGCCAUGCACCGUCCUCAAUAA